AUGGCCGGCGACGCGUCGUUGCGCCUGCUGAGCGAGGCCGAGUUUGGAUUCAAGGCGCCAAAUGGGUUUCCCGUCAGCUGUCCCACUCUCGAUCUGUCGACAACCUGGGACGGCGAGGACAAGACUCUGUUCAUAUACCGCCCCCCAAACCAGGCCGUUUCCAAGAUUCACCAGAUCGGGUCGCCUGGCAGUAAGACCCCAGAUGCCCUGGUAGCGACAUGGAAGCCAGACGGCCAGUUCCUCGCUGUAGGCUGGAGCGAUGGGGCAGUUCGAAUCAUGGGCUUGGAGAACAACAAGGCGGUGCACCAGAUGCAGCUCUGUAACGAUGAUGCAGCCAAGAUUACGCAUAUCGCUUGGGCUACCAGCAACAUCACCAAGAGACUGGGAAAGAAAGUCUCGGGAUCGGGCGAGCAGCUGCUGGAUGAAUUGGACUUCGGUCACGGCUCGGGUAUCUUGGACCUUCCACAGGAGCUGACCUUUCUCGAGGUGGACACUGCACUUCCCAAGAUCAGCCCCCUGCCCACUGCCAGCGCUGGAUCAGGCGAUGAUGCUACAGUCUUUACACUGCGGACAGGAAUCGAGUUCCUGUUCCAAACACCCAAACGCUCAGAAUAUGACCAAGUCAACGUCAUGGUUGUCGGCACAAGUGAUGGACAACUGCACCUCAGCAUAUACGACUCCUUUGUGAUAGGAAUCUUCCCCCCUCCCAGUCUCGGCGCGCUUCUUGCCCCUCGUCUCGUCUAUCACGCAGCAUGCCCGACAGUGUCUACACAGGCCCUGUUCAUGGCGGACGAUACGACUAACCCCGCCGAGCUACAUAUUGUCCCCAUGGAUCUGCCAUUUAUCUCUUCUUCGCCUAUCAAUCUAUCACUGUUGGCAUCAAAGCUCACGACACUGCAGACUCUGCUGCGUUAUCUUAAGCAAACCCAGCUGCACAUGCUAACCGAGUGGAAGAACGCAAGGGAGCUCCCGACCAGGUUUCUGCGAAGUAUCCAGAGCGAUCUAGCGGAAUCACAAAGCGGCCCCAAAAAUAUUGUUGCCGCUUUAUACCACACCGCUGUCAUGGGUCAUGCACACGAGCCGUUGCGCGAAUGGCUGGUGGACAGUCUUGCAGAGAGGGGACAUAAGAGAUGGGACAAGGCUGUGACCAGUGGUCUCGAAGGACUUCGAAAUCUUGUCCAUGAGAACUUUCUCCCCGGCCUCGAACGCUGCUCGGUCAUCCUCAGCCGCCUCCGCGGCUUCGCCCAGUUCUACGACACGCGCGAUGACAUUGGUUUCAGCACGAUGCAGAUCAGCCGCGUGCUCGACAUCAUCAGCUGUCUCAGCCUCGUUGGGAACAAGAUUCUUCUGCACACCAUGGACGAGCUCGAGCACUUUGCCGCGUUUUCCGGCUGGUUGCGCUUUCAGAUUGACCGCCUCGCCUCCCCCAGCGCCGCCGCAACCGCCGACGAGCUCACCGAAAAGGAGGCUACCAUGGACACGUCGCGCGUGCUGACCUACAUUGAGCGCUACCUGACGGGCAGCCCGCUCGACGCCUUUUUCGACGCAGUCGCCAGCGAGGACUACGAGGCCGACUGGGCCCAUGCGGAGGACGGGCCGGAAAGCCUGCUGCACGUCCUCGACGGGCAGCUCAAAAAGGCCGAGGUGGGCCAGUCGGCAAUGAAGGCGCUUCCGCAUGUGGAUUUCUUGGUGGAUUAUGCAACCACGUGGACGGGCCGCAUCUUCAAGGACAUUGCCGACGCAAAGAAACGCAGUGUCCGCUUUGGCGUCCCGAUGAGAUUGAGGAUUGGCGGGCCGAUACACAGGAUGGACGCAAAGAUGGCGGAGGCUCCUGGCAAUGCUGGCGGGAUAUUGUACACUGCGCUCGCUUCCAAGGAAGCGGCCAACAAAGGCAAGAGAAAUGAUUUCAUUACUUUGGCUGAGUUGAGCAUAGUUAAUGGCAUCAGCUCAAACAAGAGCCUGUCGUGGCGCUGCAUCGAUCUAGGCGAAUCAACCCUCAUCGACCUCCGCUUCCUCGACGCAACGACAAUCGUACUUCUUUGCACUGGCGCAGAUCCGAGCCACCCCGCCAUCUUUACAGUCCCUGUCCAAGCAGACGCUGCGCUGUACGAGCCUUACGCCGAGGAUGCGUCGCCAGUCUCCAUUGCCGGCAUGCCGCUCGACGCAGCAGGAUGCACGGCGUACCGGCUGCCGGCCACAUGUACUAUGCGCCCCGUUCGGAUGGAGGUGCACAGUGGGCAUGCUGUGAGGGGGCAAGUCCCAGCACGCAUCUGCUUACUGGCCAGCAACAGAACGACCUGGCGCACCUUUCCUCUUGACAAGGAGAACAUCGCUACAUAG